CGACGGUUCCUGUGCAUUAUUGUCUUGCUUGUAUUGUCUGCUUGCUGUCUGCGGUACAGCUUAUUCCACACCGGUUUGGAUGCAACUGCAGUGUCCAUUCCAAUUUCAGCUGUGCGAUCCGUGUGCUUAUACUUAUUAUUGUCCAAGUAAUUGACGCUCAGGCAGCCUCAGCUUGCCUUCACAACCAUAUAAAGCAUUUUAAGACCAUAUAGAAGGAAGAUAGUCGCUCCUUCCGUAUCAUGUCGGUGACACGGUUCGUGCCUUCGAUAGAAUGCCUUCACUGUCACAAAGUUAUGGCGGCUCGGGAGCUAAAUCUUCAUAUUCGAGAGAAGCACAAUCUCGCGAGAGAUUUCCAGGCGUUGUAUGCCAGGAACUCUGGUUAUCAUGGUGAUCCGCAUCGACCCGCAGCUUCUCCUCAAUCGUCCACAGGCAACUUGACAAGCACUCCUUCUGAAUCAAGCAAUACACUGAGCACAGAAUCCGAUCUUACGCUGAGUACAAUUUCAAGCACACGGUUUUCUGUUUGGCAGCAGCAGAAUCCCGUUCGACCUCCCGCACCAACGACCAUCGAUGACAUUGCGCUAUCUCGUAAUCACCGAACGGACUCUCCCCAGACUUCUACACAGCAUCUUCGCAACUCAGUGAGGUUUCAGGUGCAGGAUCUGGUAGAUGAAUUUGAGGGCGUGGAUGCAGCAGCGAGACAGGCAUGCAUCAAAGGGAUGCGGUGCAUGCCCAUUUUUCCGGCAAUGUACGCGCAUGUGUAUACACACCUUAAUGUCUGUGCCCCCGAUAAGCCGAACCUGCUGAUAGACCUGGAGAAGAUGAGAAAAGAUUGGGUAUCACGGGACAACAUGUGGUGUCUUAUAAAUUUCAAGGCCAUCAAGGAUGCAUUGUCUGGACUAAUGAGCCAGGCUCAUGUGGAGUUGCACGUCUGUAACCAAUCUCUUACCGGCCAGUCCAGACUACACGCGCUAGAUAUUCAAGAUAUCGGGGCAUUGAUUGCCAGUUGUUCAACCGACUCACAUGCUACUUCUCAGCUAAUCACGCUCAAAGACGAUAAGGCCCAGUCUAUGCUAGACUUACUGCAGGCGCUGCUCGUAAUGAAGUCGGAUCAAUUAGAAGGAUGGUACAAAUGUCGGUUCUUGGAUACUAUCAUCCGACUGUCGAGGAAGUCGGGUCAUUUCCCUCGGAGUCUGCAGCUUCGCCGAAUCGAUAACCUGCAGCCAACCAGCCUCCAUGGUGGGUCUGGAGUAAUUUCCAAAGGUGAACUCCUUGGUCGCGUCGUAGCCGUGAAAGAGAUUCAGGCCGUCGGCCGAACUACCGAGCAGUUUCUGAAGGAUUUCUCGAAUGAGGCAGUCGUUUGGUGUCACAUCCAGCAUUCCAGCUGCCUUCCAUUCUACGGUGUAUUCCAUCUUAAUGAUGGUGCACCUAGGACCUGUCUGGUGUCUCCUUGGAUGAAGAAUGGACAUUUGAACGCGUAUCUACAGCGAACUGAUGCUGAUCGUGCACCUCUGGUAUUGGAUAUUGCGCGGGGUCUCGAAUACCUCCAUGGAAUGCAACCUACAAUCGUUCAUGGUGACUUGAAAGGGGUCAAUAUUCUGGUUUCCUCCUCUGGACGUGCGUGUUUGGCGGACUUCGGCCUUGCAACCACACAAGACUCUCAAGCCCAGCUUCAGACCACCAUAAUUUCUGUUGCGGGAACCCCCUCCUUCAUGGCGCCUGAACUUCUGGAGGCACGUGCAAAUUCACGCCUGUUGUCAGCCCUGGAUAGACGCCCAUGUGAUAUAUUCGCAUUUGGCUGCAUAUGUUACGAGAUGUAUAAUGGAAUGCGUCCAUUCUGGGACUUGUCCCCACAGGCAGUGGAUGCCAAUUUCAUAAUUGGAAGCCGUCCCUCACGUCCUUCGGAUAACGUGUGCUUUCAACGAGGACUGGAUGAUGACAUGUGGGAUUUCAUCCAGAAUUUAUGGCACCAGGAUCCAAAGCUUCGAGCCACUGCUAGCCAAGCUUCUUUGUGGAUGUCGUAUAAGAUGCGCAUGGCAGGCAAAAGCACGGACAGGCCACCCGCGGAAAUGGAGUGGGACAUUGACUUUUUGACGGAAUGCACCACGGAAUUGGCUGAUUUUGACCCUCUUUCUUUUGCAUAAGUAGCACCACAAGUUCGUACCGACGUUGAUUUCGCUCUCUGAUGUAGAAUUAAUGUACCAAAAUUUCUGUCACGCGCCAUACCCAAUGUUGAAGCAUCAUGCACAUACCUCACUGCAGCGGUAGCAACAUGUCAUUUUAGCUUAUCUCUUCGUUUGUCUUGACAAUCAUCUGUCCGUGCACCAGCCGCUUUUUGACUUGAAA